AUGUUCCGCAAGAAAAAGAAGAAACGCCCUGAGAUCUCAGCCCCACAGAACUUCCAGCACCGCGUCCACACCUCCUUCGACCCUAAAGAAGGCAAGUUUGUGGGCCUCCCCCCUCAAUGGCAGAACAUCCUGGACACGCUCCGGCGCCCCAAGCCCGUGGUGGACCCGUCGCGCAUCACGCGGGUGCAGCUCCAGCCCAUGAAGACUGUGGUGCGGGGCAGCUCCGUGCCCACGGACGGGUACAUCUCGGGGCUGCUCAACGACAUCCAGAAGCUGUCGGUCAUCAGCUCCAACACCCUUCGCGGGCACAGCCCCACCAACCGGCGGCGGGCGCAGUCGCUGGGGCUGCUGGGGGAGGAGCCCUGGCCCGCCGACCCGGACAUGUACCUGCAGAGCCCCCAGUCUGAGCGCACCGACCUCUACCUCAGCUGCAACGGGGGUGCCCCGGCCGGCCGCCGGCAGGUGCCGUGGCCGGAACCGCAGAGCCCCCGGGUCCCGCCCAACGGGCUGGCCACCAAGGCACAGUCCCUGGGCCCCGCCGAGUUCCAGGGCGCCACGCAGCGCUGCCUGCAGCUGGGCGCCUGCCUGCAGAGCUCCCCGCCCGGCACCUCGCCCCCUGCAGCCGCGGGGAGGCGCGGGGCCAAAGCGGUCAGGCACGGCUCCGAGGAGGCCCGGCCGCAGUCCUGCCUGGUGGGCAGGCCGGGCGGGGAGGGCAGCCCCAGCCCCAAGACUCAGGAGAGCAGCCUGAAGCACAGGCUGUUCCGGAGCAUGUUCCUGUCCACUCCCGCCACCGCCCCGCCGAGCGGCAGCCGGCCGGGCCCCGCUCUACCGAGCAAGCCCAAACCCUCAUUCCGGCCCCCGCAGAAAGACUCCCCCGCAAGCCCGGUGGCCAAGGCCCAGUCCCUGCCGUCCGACCAGCCCACAGGGACCUUCAGCCCCCUGACCGCCUCCGACACCAGCAGCCCCCAGAAGGCCGUCCGCACAGCCCCCGCCGCCGGCCCUCCUCCGGGCCGGCCCUCCCCCGCUGGCUCUCCCCGCACCCGGCACGCCCAGAUCAGCACCAGCAACCUGUACCUGCCCCAGGACCCCGCGGCGGCCAAGGGCGCCCUGGCCGGCGAGGACGCGGGCAUCGUGACGCACGAGCAGUUCAAGGCCGCGCUCAGGAUGGUGGUGGACCAGGGCGACCCCCGGCGGCUGCUGGACAGCUACGUGAAGAUCGGCGAGGGCUCCACCGGCAUCGUCUGCCUGGCCCGGGAGAAGCACUCCGGCCGCCAGGUGGCCGUCAAGAUGAUGGACCUCCGGAAGCAGCAGCGCCGGGAGCUGCUCUUCAAUGAGGUGGUGAUCAUGCGGGACUACCAGCACCUCAACGUGGUGGAGAUGUACAAGAGCUACCUGGUGGGCGAGGAGCUGUGGGUGCUCAUGGAGUUCCUGCAGGGCGGCGCCCUCACGGACAUCAUCUCCCAAGUCAGGCUGAACGAGGAGCAGAUCGCCACCGUGUGCGAGGCCGUGCUGCAGGCCCUGGCCUACCUGCACGCCCAGGGCGUCAUUCACCGGGACAUCAAGAGCGACUCCAUCCUGCUGACCCUCGACGGCAGGGUGAAACUGUCAGACUUCGGAUUCUGUGCUCAGAUCAGCAAAGACGUCCCCAAGAGGAAGUCCCUGGUGGGCACUCCCUACUGGAUGGCUCCUGAAGUGAUCUCCAGGUCUCUGUAUGCCACCGAGGUGGAUAUCUGGUCUCUGGGCAUCAUGGUGAUUGAGAUGGUGGACGGGGAGCCGCCCUACUUCAGCGACUCCCCGGUGCAAGCUAUGAAGAGGCUCCGGGACAGCUCCCCACCCAAGCUGAAAAAUUCUCACAAGGUUUCCCCAGUGCUGCGAGACUUCCUGGAACGGAUGCUGGUGCGGGACCCCCAGGAGAGAGCCACAGCCCAGGAGCUCCUGGACCACCCCUUCCUGCUGCAGACUGGGCUCCCCGAGUGCCUGGCGCCCCUGAUCCAGCUCUACCGCAAGCCGACCUCCACCUGCUGA